AUGACUAUUCGUGUUGUGCUGCAGAGCAUUGCAAAAGGUUCCAUUCUUGUUGACAACGCCGAGCGUUACGUGAAUGUGGGCCGUGGAAUGAUUGUGUACAUUGCCUUUCUCGAUGAUAUUGAUGAUACCGCACUGCAGCGAGCCGUAACAACUAUUAUGACGGCCAAAGUACUUCAGCGUCCAUCUUUAGAAGAAAAAGAAGAAGGAUCUUCUCAGUUCAUCACUUCACUGGAGGAAUGGCGGGAUGCGGAUAUUCUGGUGGUGCCACAAGCAACACUUGGAGGAAAACUUAAAGGGCGAAACGUGCAGUUUCACUCAUUGGUAAAUAAAACAAGAGGACUUGAACUUUUUAGUCGAUUUUGUCAGUUACUUCGAGAAGCACGGGGAAUAGAUACAAACACAGUGGAUGCCAAUGGAUCACCUCUGGAGACAAUCGCAAGUGUUGAUGGUUCGUGUUCUGCAAGUCGUGUCAUUAACGGAACGUACGGUAAUCGUCAGGGACUGCGGUUUGAAUCGGAUGGACCUCUCAGUCAUUUUUUGGAUCUUUAG